GGGCGCAUUGCACCGGGCAACGGCCGGGUCGGACCUGAUGUGUGUGUCUAUCCUUCCGUCGUCUAUUUUAUUCCGCUUUAGUCGGCUCGUCGGCCGAUUCCAGCGGCUGUCUCUUCACGCAAUACAGCAGCGAAUGCCAUUACGCUUGUUUGCACCCUCUCUGCGUCACGCGCCGUAGCCAAUCAGCAACCUUCUGACUUGCUUGGAAACUUAUAUCUUCGCCAAAAGCGCGACUCGAUGUAGACCAUCAUGGCAAUCAACAUAAAAUUUACCAAGUUUGAUAACACACCGUGGGGCUUUCGACUAGCAGGCGGUAGCGAUUUUCCACAGCCGCUUACUGUCAUCAGAGUCAAUGAAGGUAGUCUAGCCGAAUGCAUGGGUUUAAAAGUAGGCGAUAUUGUAGUAAGACUAAACGAUCAGCCGAUUAGCAGUUUGACUCAUGGACAAGUGCACGAAGCACUUAAGCACGCUGGUAACAACUUUAUUCUAGGUAUACAGAGAGAGGAGGAGACACGAAAGGCUGCUGAAGUGAUAUCGGAAGAUAACAUCGUUUCGUAUAAGAUCGCCCUUGCGGACUUACCGCCAGUCUUCCCAGAGGAGAUCUUGAAAGAGGAAACAGUAAUCGAGCGGUACGAAGAAGAGAAGAACGUCGAGCGCACAGAGCAGUUGUCCGUCGAAGAAGAGGUCAAACGAGAAGAAGUAAAACUUGCGGAAGAGAAACCGGUGGACGCCAACAGCGAAAUCGUGUCUAACAAAAAUCUUACAGAUGACGAGAUCGCGCAGCUGAUUCUUGAGGAGGAGGAGCUCUUGUCCGAUCAAGGAUUAUUAGGAGUUAACUUCAAGAAGCUGCGACCGCGAGUCUCGAUUCUAAAAGGUUCGAAAGUUUUGGAAGAGCUGCAGAACAUCGCGACAGCCGAACCUAAACAGGUACGAGAAUUGAAACGCACUUCCACUUUCCUGCAGAAGCCACAGCGACCGGUUCCAAAGCCGAAGUGCGAGGUGGAAAAGGUGGAAGAAGACGACGGUGAGAUAUACAAGGUCGUAAUUAAAAAACAGGACAAGAAGACGGUAAUCGCGCGUCUCGUGGAGAAGGGCCUGCUGCCGCCGGGGUCGGAGGUGACUUUCGCCAGGACACCGGAACCGUCGGAACUUUCCGAGGUAAAGAUGCAUGAAACGGAGAACAGUCCGGGAGAUCGUCUCCCCCUCGUUUCGGAUUCGAAUUCCUCGUGUUCAAUUUCCCCUUUCGAUAGCAUUGAUGAUGCAAUGUCAUUCUCCUAUUGUUCGAAAUUUGAAUCAAGCGAGAAAACUCUAUCGGAAAAUCAGCCAGCGCAUUGCGCGUCGUACAAGUGCAAGUCGAAGCUGUUUUACGCUAAGCCAAGCCAUUAUCGAAGAUAUAGUUGUACUGGCGAGUACAACGACAUCAAAAUAAAGUCGUCUGUUAAAGGUUAUUAUUUGGAGAACAUACUUCGCGGUUGCGUUCGCUCCUACGCACCUCGUUAUCAGCAGAUCGAUAAUCAACUUGACGAGAUUGCUAAAACUAAGGAAGAUGUUUGUCUCAAGAAGUAUGAUUGGCUAAAGAGUAUUGGCCUUGAUGGUCUUUUAUCAAACGAGAAGAAAACGACAAUGCGCAGAUGCGCGCGAGCUCAUUACGCGAAGAGGAUCCUUUUGCAGAAUGUCAAUACCGUCGCUCGACAUCUUCGCUCGAUGUCGAAGACGACUUGCAUCUCGAGAACAAACCGUUGUAGAACGAAGGGAAGAUAUAUCACGACGUACUUGGAACGUGAGAGCGUCCGGCUUAUGUCUUUCAUAACGAUGUUGUUCCAGUUUCUGUUGCAAAAACCAGAUGUUUCCAAAUCGAUGAACAUGUUGAAAGUUCGCAAGCAACAUAUGAGUUACAAGGGUCGGUAUUUCGAGCAAGUUUUUCAGAAGAAUGUUAUUCUUGUUAUCCAAACUGUCAAAGAGAUAACCUCGGUUGACAAGCAAAAAGUUGGACUAAAAUCCAACAGGACAAAGGGACGUUACAUGGAGAAGUAUUUGUAUCGACAGAAUCUUCGUUUCAGAUUUGCAUUGACAAACUUUUUCCAUUACAUUAAGCCCAGUUUCGAUAUCUUCAGCAUUGACACUUUAUCGAAAGUAAGACGCAGGAGAUUGAGAGGUCGGUACUUUGAACGGUUCGUUCGCAGAAAUAUCAAGAUCUUCGAGUUGUUCGCGGAUUACGUUCGCUCUAGGAUCUCUGAAUGGUUCGAGAAAGCUCCAUCAUGCACGUCGCGAAAAGAAUUUCCUCUCAUUACUCUUGGUGCUUCCAACUAUAUUGUUGAUGAUUCGGUUCUGAACAAAGUUAAUGAAGACGCUCGCGAUAAAAAGAUUUUCGAGUGCGACAAAGAUGGUCCUUCGUGCUCGUCGCAGAAAGAAUCUUUUGCUGUCGUUAGUAUUGAUAAUUCAAUUUCAAACGAGGAAAAUAUCGAUAAAAAUGAUCACAAUAUUUCCGAAGAAGUCGAGUUGACCAAACCUACAAAUGCGCUUGUUGAGAAUGACUCUGUUUCAAAGUUUCUGCAGUCAGCCGAAGAUUAUAUUUCCUCCGAAUUAUUUCAUCGUGGUAAUAGAAGACUCUCGAGAUCUCGCAAAUCCAUUGAUAUCGUUCCCAAGGAAGAUAACAACGCUUUCUCGAGAUUUCUGCAAUCGACCGAGGAUUAUAUUUCCACUGAAAUUUUUCAUCGUGGAUGUAAAAAACUCUCAAAGUCGCGCAAGUCCAUAGAUGUUUUUUCCAAGGAAGACGACAAAGCUCUGUCGAAAUUUCUGCACUCCGCUGAGAAUUACAUUUCUACUGAAGUUUUCCAUCGCGGUAGCAGAAGAUUGUCAAAAUCGUCCGGAAAGGAAUCAAUCUCUCUCGCCGCGCUCGCUUUAUGGGAUGGUUUAAAAAGCGUACAUCUCAAUUUGCCUUGGUUCUCGCUCAGAAUCAUUGAUAAGAGCGCAAUAAAAUACGACAAAAUCUGCGAUAAGAAAAUUGAUGCAGAUAUCGAGUUUGAUAAUCGAAGAUUGUCGUUCGUACCGACGAUCCUUUAUAAGGGUAUCACGAAUCGCAUCGGCGUCGAUUUUACGAGACUGAUAGCCUAUGCCUUCGUGCCUUGUACCUCGCUCAUACUUUUAUACAUGUAUGGAAUAACUGCAAUUGCGACAUCAGAAUCUACAGACAGAGCGGAACAACAAGAACAGUCUGAUUUACGACCUGCAUCGAAGGCAGAAGAAAAAGAAAUAAGAAACGAGAUCGAAGAGAACGAAGAAAACUCCAAGUCCAAGGAAAAUUCUUGUACGGCAAACUUUGCGCAGGAAGAGAUAACAGCGUAUGAAGAGGAGUCGAGUGUUUCGACAACGGAUACGACAACAAUCAAAGUCACUAAUGAAAAGAUCAAAAAGCUAGUUUCUACGGAGAUCAGCAGUCUUGAACAGCAGUUGGAGAACGUGCAACGGCAAUUGCUCGCCCUGAAGCAGCUACCAAGCGAGAUCGAGAAUCACUUAAGAACCGUAUCAGAUCAGCUGCACAAGAUCAUGGAACUGAGCGACAUGCAGCGAUAUCUUAACAACAGAAAUGGCGGCGGCUGCGGAUCGUCAGAAGAAAAUGUUGCGGUGCGACAACAGAAUGAACAAGAAGUGAAAAAUCAGGAAGAAGAUACCGAUGAAGAAGACGAGGAAUUUACGGAGACUUAUGAUUACAUCGAAGAGAUUGCAUGCUUGGAACAAAAGACGUCAUCGAGGUCAACACCGCAAGUGCUCGAGUCCAGUGACGAUGAGGAAAAAAUAGAAGAAGAGGAAGCAGAACCGAAGGAAAUGAUGGAACUGGACGGUAUGAUUUCUGUAAAAAGUACGGAUGAAGAAGGAAAUAGAGUGAAGAAGUUCAUCGUUUCUUACGAGACUAAGGUGUUAAAAUCGCCCAGUCCUGCACUAUCGCACGGAAGUUUCGAACCAGAUUCUAAACUGUCUCCAAAAGAUCAAGUUAUACAGGAAUUGCAGCAAAAAUUACGCAUGAAAGAUAAGAGACACUCGCAAGAUCUCUGGCCACAAGCUAAACAACUCGAACUUACGCAAGGUCGUAGAUGGAGAUGCCCGAAUGAUUUUUUCAACGACGAAAUGAUUGCAGAAGUGUUGUCCUCCCAGGCAGAAGUUAUUCGUGGGAGAGCAUUGGGAGUAAACUUUAAGAAAUACGAGAAGACGAACCUACCAAACUACGACCACUUGAUGAACUCGAGUGUUUAUAAGAUGAUUCAUAAAAUGGAGAAGGAACCGAAAAAAGGGAUCCCCGCCAGACCUGCUAAAGUUAAUGCAGCGGAAGACAUAAUCGAGAGAGUUAAAUCACCAGCAUUGAGCGUUGUAGACGACCGAAGUACUCGCAGCGUCAGUCACUAAUUCAACAGCAAUCACAGACGAUUGGAAUAUAAUGUUAUAUUUUACACGUCAGAAAUUUGUCUUUUGAAAGAUAUGUCAUAAUUUUAGAAGAAUCAGAAAAAUUGCUAAAUAUUAUUAAGAAUAUAAUUAUCUGAUCUGAAAUAUAUUAUCGCGUAUUAAGAUCUUUGACACGUGGCUGCAACAAUUCUGAACACGUGUAUAUGAGUUGUACAAGAGUAUUGUACGUUUGCAUCGAAGUCAUGAAAUAUCUUCCCUGGUAGCAAAUAUUGUAUGCAUUAAUAAAGAAAUUAUAAUCUUUUUCUUAAGUUAUAUUUGGAACAAUUGAUUUACAAAAUAUAGUAUUGCACAAAAUUGUACACACAUCUGUGUUUAAAUGUACGUAAUAAGAUACUU